CUAGCUCCUCCUCCCCUGCUCGCACAUAGCUCACACACAGCUCUAUCCCCAAACACAGGACGAGGCAGAACACAUUUCAUUCAUUUCUCUGGAAGCCUUACCCAGCCCACGUCCCUCCUAUCAGAUCAGGGAAUCAGCACAUGCAUAGGCGCAUGGCCCAUACCUGGCAGCAGAGAUACAGGUGCACAGCACUCACCUGACGGCGGAGGUACAGGUGCACAGCACUCACCUGGCAGCAGUUACAGGUACACAGCACUCACCUGGCAGCAGUUACAGGUACACAGCACUCACCUGACGGCAGAGAUACAGUACAGCUACACAUCACUCACCUGGCAGCAGAGGUACAGGUAUACAGCACUCACCUGGCAGCAGAGGUACAGGUAUACAGCACUCACCUGGCAGCAGAGGUACAGGUAUACAGCACUCACCUGGCAGCAGAGGUACAGGUAUACAGCACUCACCUGGCAGCAGAGGUACAGGUAUACAGCACUCACCUGGCAGCAGAGGUACAGGUAUACAGCACUCACCUGGCAGUAGAGGUACAGGUACACAGCACUCACCUGGCAGCAGAGGUACAGGUAUACAGCACUCACCUGGCAGCAGAGGUACAGGUAUACAGCACUCACCUGGCAGUAGAGGUACAGGUAUACAGCACUCACCUGGCAGCAGAGGUACAGGUAUACAUCACUCACCUGGCAGUAGAGGUACAGGUGCACAGCACUCACCUAAUAGCAGAGGUACAGGUAUACAUCACUCACCUGGCAGUAGAGGUACAGGUGCACAGCACUCACCUAAUAGCAGAGGUACAGGUAUACAUCACUCACCUGGCAGUAGAGGUACAGGUGCACAGCACUCACCUAAUAGCAGAGGUACAGGUAUACAUCACUCACCUGGCAGUAGAGGUACAGGUGCACAGCACUCACCUAAUAGCAGAGGUACAGGUACACAGCACUCACCUGGCAGUAGUUACAGGUACACAGAUCUUGCCUGAGUGCAGAGGUACAGGUAAACAGCACUCACCCAACAGCAGGGGUGCAGGUGCACGACACUCACCUGCCAGCAGAGGUACAGAUGCACAGCACUCGCCUGACGGCAGAGAUACAGCUGUCACUAUACUGGAAUCACUACACUGGACCAGGCAAGGAUCACACAACUGGACCAUGCAAGAGUCGGCACCUGCACUGUCCUCUGAUACGAGGGCGCAAAAAUCCCCCAAAGAGCAAAUGCUACUUGAAUCUUUUUGGCUGGAGAAUUCCAUUCGGCAGCCAAGAGCAGACACGUAUCAUAAUAGGCUUUGCAGUGGGACAUGCCACGCAAAGGAGAUCCUACAGAACUUAAAUAUCUACAGGCAAAGCGGAAUGUUCACUGAUGUUAUCCUUCAAAUAGAAGGCCAAAGCUUCCCUUGCCAUCGUGGGGUCUUGUCUGCAACUAGUUCCUACUUCAGAGCUAUGUUUGGAGGUAAUCUCAAGGAGAGCCACCUCAGCAUUGUGAACAUUCAAAAAGUAUCAGCCCGAACUAUGGGCUUUGUGCUGGACUUCAUGUAUGGGGGAAGCCCUAAGAUACAAGAAGACAAUGUAGAAGACAUCUUGCAGGCCUCAGACCUCCUCCACAUCUGCCACUUGCGAGAUGACUGUGUUAAGUUCCUUGAUGGCCAGCUAGACCCUUCUAACUGUGUCGGCAUCAUGAAGUUUGCAGACAUGUUCUCGAUCCCAUCAUUGUCGGAGAAAAGCAAGAAGCUGAUGCUGGAAGGUUUUGGUGAGGUUUCCUGCAAUGAGGAGUUCCUGGAGUUGAGUAAGGCGGAACUGAUUGAGUGCUUGGGUAACAAUGAUCUAGUGGUGGACAAGGAAGAGGUUGUCUUUGAAGCAGUAAUGAGGUGGGUGAAGGGGAACAAAAGCAUGGUAAAGAAAGAUCUGAGGGAUAUUCUGGAGCAUGUGAGGUUGCCCUUGCUAGAUCCUGUUUAUUUCCUGGAGAAGGUGGAAAUGGAAAAAAUAAUCCAAGACUGCCCUGAGUGCUUCCCUCUGCUGCAUGAGGCUCGGAUGUACCACAUUCUUGGAAAACCUCUCAACUCCUGUAGGGUGAGACCAAGAAGUUUUAUGGACAUAUCGGAAGUGAUAGUUAUCAUUGGGGGAUGUGAUAAAAAAGGUCUCUUGAAACUACCCUAUACAGAAUGUUACCAUCCGAAGAAUGGACAAUGGGUGACACUUACCAGCAUGCCGGGGUGCAUCAAAUCAGAGUUUGCUGCCUGCACACUAAAAAAUAAUAUUUACAUCUCAGGUGGUCACAUAAAUAACAGUGACAUGUGGAUGUUUAACACUCAACUGGAUUCCUGGAUCAGGAUCGCCUCGUUGAGCAGCGGACGUUGGCGGCACAAAAUGGCCGUUCUGAAUGGAGAGAUCUAUUGUGUUGGUGGAUUUGAUGGUCUGAAGAGGCUGGAUAUGGUGGAACGCUACAACGCAUUCACCAACGCCUGGUCUCCUGUCGCCCCCAUGUUGGAAGCUGUCAGCUCUGCUGCUGCUGUGUCCUGUAUGAACAAACUCUACGUCAUUGGCGGAGCUACAGAGGAUUGUGGGAACACAAACAAGGUGCAGUGCUACGAUCCAGAAAAAGACACCUGGACAUUUAAGUCUACAGCCCCCUUCUCUAAGAGGUGCAUCAACGCUGUUGAGUUGGAUGAAAGGAUCUACGUUGUUGGAGGUCUACUCAGCGCAAUCUACAGUUACAAUCCAGAGAUGGACGCAUGGAGCGAAACAGCUCCUCUGCCUGCCCUGGAGAGUUGCGGUGUGACCAUUUGUGGCGGGAAGAUCUACAUCUUGGGCGGUAGGGAUGAAACUGGCGAGGAGACGGAAAGAGCUUUCGUAUUUGACCCUAAAUCUGGGAGAGUAGAAGACGAAACCCCUCUGCAACGCAGCACCAGCUAUCACGGCUGUGUCACCAUCCUGCAAAGAACAGCGUCUUAAUGUUACGCAGCAUUUAAUUAUCUGUCAUCAUGGUGCCCAGGGGGUUAACUAUGGGAAUGACUGGCUGUAGGAAGUACCGAUACUGUGAAUAUUAUAUCCAUUGAUAGUUUGUGUUUUUUUAUUUUUUUAAAAGACAAACCUGAAGUGGAUAUAUUUUGUUAAGUACUUAUGUGCACAGUUAAGAUGGGUGUGUUUUAUGUGCACCUUUUUGUGUCAUACUCUGAUUUAUAUAGAGAUUUAGUGUUGUUUGGUAGUAUUUAAAAAAAAAAAAAAAAAGUAUUGUGCUGUGAAAUAGUGCAAUAGUGGAAAAACAGUUCAUGGGGGUAAUUCCAAGUUGAUCGCAGCAGGAAUUUUGUUAGCAGUUGGGCAAAACCAUGGCCCUCAUUCCGAGUUGUUCGCUCGGAGAUUUUCAUCGCAUCGCAGUGAGAAUUCUCUUAGUGCGCAUGCGCAAUGUUCGCACUGCGACUGCACCAAGUAACUUUACUAUGAAGAAAGUAAGUUUACUCACGGCUUUUUCAUCGCUCCGACGUUCGCAUUGUGAUUGACAGGAAAUGGGUGUUACUGGGCGGAUGCACGGCGUUUUAGGGGCGUGUGGCUGGAAACGCUACCGUUUCCGGAGAAAACGCAGGAGUGGCCGGGGAAACGGUGGGUGUGCCUGGGCGAACGCUGGGUGUGUUUAUGACGUCAGCCAGGACCGAAAAGCACUGAACUGAUCGCACAGGCAGAGUAAGUCUGAAGCUACUCAAAAACUGCUAACUCGUUUGUAAUCGCAAUAUUGCGCAUACAUCGGUCGCACAUUUAAGAAGCUAAGAUUCACUCCCAGUAGGCGGCGGCUUAGCGUGUGUAACUCUGCUACAUUCGCCUUGCGAGCGAUCAACUCGGAAUGAGGGCCCAUGUGCACUGCAGGGGAGGCAGAUAUAAGCCGCUCAUAACUUUAUUGUGAUUACAUAAACCUUUUACUUAAGCUAGCUUAUCACUAAAUAAAACCACACCACACACUGAAAUAAAGACACGGACACAGUAGCUGGAGUUAAAGGUCAGACGAUGUUUAUUAAUCGCUGACCAACUCUUUAAACUAAUAAUU